CAUUGUUGAUGCUAACGCUAUUUAUCUUGAAACGAUUUGUUAGCCACCAGCGGAGAGUUAACCUGAGUGAAACGGGAACUCCCAAGACGUAACCAUGGGAAAGAAACACAAGAAGCAUAAACCGGAAUGGAUAACAGUUGAUUUUGAGGACAAAGCACUUGAAAAACCGCUGAAGAUCAAGCUGAAAGUUGGUGGAAGUGAGGUGACGGAGCUUUCUGGUUCGGGCCACGACUCCAGCUACUAUGAUGACAGGUCAGACCAUGAGCGAGAGCGCCACAAAGAAAAGAAGAAAAAGAAGAAGAAAAAGUCUGAGAAAGACAAGGACAAAUAUGUGGAUGAUGAAGAAAGAAGGCGAAGGAAGGAGGAAAAAAGGAAGAAAAGAGAAAGAGAGCAGAAUGAACUGGAGGCAGCAGCUAUGGCUGAUGCAAAUGUCGGUGUACCUGUUGAACCAUUCACACUGCCCAAAAGUAUUAGUAUUGGACUAGAGCCAGAGGAGAAGAAAAAGAAGAAAGAGAGAUUUGAGGUGGAGCAUGAGGUAGAGGAUUUUCAUCCCACCAUGAAGGUAGAAAUCGAACAGCAAGCAGAUAGGCCAGUCAGAGCCUGCCGCACUCAACAAGAGAAUGAGUCUACCCCUCGCCAACAACUGCUGGAACACUUCCUGAGACAGUUGCAAAGGAAAGAUCCCCAUGGAUUCUUUGCAUUCCCUGUAACAGAUGCGAUUGCCCCGGGUUAUUCAAUGAUCAUCAAACAUCCUAUGGACUUCAGCACCAUGAAAGACAAAAUACGAAAUAACGAAUAUAACACAGUGACAGAAUUCAAGGCGGAUUUUAAACUGAUGUGUGACAACGCCAUGGUGUACAACAGACCAGAAACUGUCUACUACAAGGCGGCUAAGAAGCUGCUGCAUACGGGAUUCAAGAUGAUGAGCAAGGAUCGGCUCUUGGCUCUGAAGCGCAGCAUGUCUUUCCUGCAGGAUAUGGAUUUCACUCAGCAAGCAGCCAUAUUAGGAGAUGAAGACCUAACAGCUGAUCUCCCCCCUCCAGAAAUGAUCCCCAUCCCUGCAGAAUUAACAAAGAGGUCGAGAAAACAACCAGUCAAAGACAAGGAAGCCAUCAGUUACAUGUUUGAACCAGAGGGAAGUGCUUGCAGCUUCACCGACAGCACGGCCGAGGAGCACGUUCUCGCUCUUGUUGAGCAUUCAGCGGAUGAAGCGCGGGACCGCAUCAACAGAUACAUGCCAAACUCCAAGAUGGGUUACCUACGUAAAGAGCCUGACACUUCCAUUUUAUAUACUGUUGUAAAUCAGCUUGAUCCUGAUGCAGAAGAAGAGGAAACCCAUAAAGUGGAUUUGAGCUCUCUGUCAAAUAAGCUCCUGCCUGGAUUAACAACACUGGGUUUCAAAGAUGACCGCAGACAUAAAGUGACUUUUCUCAGCAGUGCCUACAACACACAAAGCCUUCAGAAGAACUCCGUCUUUCCAGACUUGCAGUCGGACGAGACCGAUAUGCUAUACUCAGCUUACGGAGAUGAAACCGGGGUACAGUGUGCUUUGAGCAUACAAGACUUUGUCAAAAACUGUGGAAGUGCUACCAAGCUCUGGGUUGAUGGACUUCUGGACAAGAUGACAGCAGGCGAUCACUCAAAAGCUGUAAAUCAAAUUCGACAGAAGAGAAACAUGAUGCUCAAACCAGAUGAAAGCAAAGCCAACAUGUGUGACAUGCAGAUGUCGGAUGCUUCUGGUCUGGUGGAGAGCAGCUCCGGCCUGGACUUCAUGUCCAUGAAGAGCUAUCCCGACAUGUCUCUUGAUAUAUCCAUGCUCAACCCUUUAGGAAAAAUAGUAAAGAAGGAGCCAGGAAACGAGGAGAGCCACCACAACUUUGACGACGCCGACAAACUCCUGCAGGAGUUUCAGGAAGCUCAGGUGGACAGAGUUUGCUCCAGACCCUCUUCAAAUCUGUCCUCCCUGUCUAACGCAUCAGAAAGUAACCAGCACCACUUAGGAAGUCCGUCACAUCUGGGUGUUGGAGAUCAGUCGGAGAUGGUUCAUGAUCCUUAUGAGUUUCUGCAGUCUCCAGAUCCAGAGGGAUCAUCCAACAGCUAACCACUCACAGCUUUUCUGUUGUUCUGGUGCUAAAGGACUACAGGAUCCAUAUUAAAUACUCAAAAUAAUGUACAGACUGUAUUGUAAUUGUUUUGUAUUAGUGCAGCAAUCGACUAAUAAAAAUAUAAUCGAGUGUAUUAUGAUAAA